AUGCUGUCGAGCGUAAAGAACGUUAUUUGCGGUGCGCACAUCGCCCCUGCGCACGAUGGGAAAAGUAGUGUAGACGUGGAUGCGGAGACAGGAGACGUUGUUCUCUGCGACGGGCUGGCGGGUGUGUCACGGUUUCACUUUGACAGUGUGACGUACCACCCCUUCCACACCAUGGCGUACGAGUCCGUGCUGGCGCGGCGUGUGGCGGAGAACUUUGGCGGUGGAUGCCCAUACGCCUGCGACACCCCUCCGUGUGCGACGCACGGAGUAUUCAUCCACGGGUCGCUCCGCAUCCACUCAGUGGAUUUGUUCCACGCGUUGGUGCUCUCGGCAGUCGGCCACGCCCUCGACGUGCUUGCGGAGACGAGUGUCGGUGACGUGCAGCUGCACUACAGCAUGUUCCGUCUGUACUCGUGGGGCGUCACGGACACCCUGAACCAGCAGGUUGUGGCACACCGCCACGUUGGCGUCUACACGCACGACACGGACGAAUGCUGCCGCCCACAGCUGCAGCAAAAUGUCGUGAAGAGUCGCGAGGAUGCUGCUCUUGAUGCUUUACUGCGACGAGCUUGUGCGGUCCCUGAAGGUCAUUCUUCCAUUAUCUUUAGUCUUGUUGCCAAAUCGGCCAAUGCGUCCGUGUCCGGCGUACUCACUAUUGCCCUGUUGCCGCAGCUCAGUCAAGGGAAUCGGUUCUUCCAGGGGGGCAUGCAACUAUUAAGAGAACUUAUCGCAGGACACCCCGUGCCACACGACAGACCCUGCUGGUUACUCCAACACCUCUUCCCAUCGAAGGAAAUACGCAGUCUGGCGAUGAUCACCUGCAUAACUGACGACCAACACUUUUAUCAGGAAAACCAUUACAACUGCAUGUACGCUACAUAUUUGAAACCACCGCAAUAUCGACCAAAAGAAAAAUCACCAAACGUAAUAUUACCAUCAACAAAAGAACACAAUACCAUUAAAAAAAUACCCACUCCAGACAGUAUGCGCAAGUGUUUAUCGCACCAAACAAAUGAUAAACAAUACAACGUCAAAGAGUGCACGAACGACCUCCAAGAGCGUGCUGCUGCUGCCGAGGAUGCCGCUCGCCGUCGCUGUGCCGCUGCAAGGGAGAAGGAGGAGGCUGCGAAGCGCCUGGAGGCGGAGCUGGAGGAACGCACGAACGACCUCCAAGAGCGUGCUGCUGCUGCCGAGGAUGCCGCUCGCCGUCGCUGUGCCGCUGCAAGGGAGAAGGAGGAGGCUGCGAAGCGCCUGGAGGCGGAGCUGGAGGUGCGCACGAACGACCUCCAAGAGCGUGCUGCUGCUGCUGAGGAUGCCGCUCGCCGUCGCUGUGCCGCUGCAAGGGAGAAGGAGGAGGCUGCGAAGCGCCUGGAGGCGGAGCUGGAGGAACGCACGAACGACCUCCAAGAGCGUGCUGCUGCUGCCGAGGAUGCCGCUCGCCGUCGCUGUGCCGCUGCAAGGGAGAAGGAGGAGGCUGCGAAGCGCCUGGAGGCGGAGCUGGAGGUGCGCACGAACGACCUCCAAGAGCGUGCUGCUGCUGCUGAGGAGGCUGCGAAGCGCCUGGAGGCGGAGCUGGAGGAACGCACGAACGACCUCCAAGAGCGUGCUGCUGCUGCCGAGGAUGCCGCUCGCCGUCGCUGUGCCGCUGCAAGGGAGAAGGAGGAGGCUGCGAAGCGCCUGGAGGCGGAGCUGGAGGUGCGCACGAACGACCUCCAAGAGCGUGCAAACGACCUCCAAGAGCGUGCUGCUGCUGCCGAGGAUGCCGCUCGCCGUCGCUGUGCCGCUGCAAGGGAGAAGGAGGAGGCUGCGAAGCGCCUGGAGGCGGAGCUGGAGGAACGCACGAACGACCUCCAAGAGCGUGCUGCUGCUGCCGAGGAUGCCGCUCGCCGUCGCUGUGCCGCUGCAAGGGAGAAGGAGGAGGCUGCGAAGCGCCUGGAGGCGGAGCUGGAGGUGCGCACGAACGACCUCCAAGAGCGUGCAAACGACCUCCAAGAGCGUGCUGCUGCUGCCGAGGAUGCCGCUCGCCGUCGCUGUGCCGCUGCAAGGGAGAAGGAGGAGGCUGCGAAGCGCCUGGAGGCGGAGCUGGAGGUGCGCACGAACGACCUCCAAGAGCGUGCUGCUGCUGCUGAGGAUGCCGCUCGCCGUCGCUGUGCCGCUGCAAGGGAGAAGGAGGAGGCUGCGAAGCGCCUGGAGGCGGAGCUGGAGGAACGCACGAACGACCUCCAAGAGCGUGCUGCUGCUGCCGAGGAUGCCGCUCGCCGUCGCUGUGCCGCUGCAAGGGAGAAGGAGGAGGCUGCGAAGCGCCUGGAGGCGGAGCUGGAGGUGCGCACGAACGACCUCCAAGAGCGUGCUGCUGCUGCCGAGGAUGCCGCUCGCCGUCGCUGUGCCGCUGCAAGGGAGAAGGAGGAGGCUGCGAAGCGCCUGGAAGCGGAGCUGGAGGUGCGCACGAACGACCUCCAAGAGCGUGCUGCUGCUGCCGAGGAUGCCGCUCGCCGUCGCUGUGCCGCUGCAAGGGAGAAGGAGGAGGCUGCGAAGCGCCUGGAGGCGGAGCUGGAGGUGCGCACGAACGACCUCCAAGAGCGUGCAAACGACCUCCAAGAGCCUGCUGCUGCUGCCGAGGAUGCCGCUCGCCGUCGCUGUGCCGCUGCAAGGGAGAAGGAGGAGGCUGCGAGGCGCCUGGAGGCGGAGCUGGAGGUGCGCACGAACGACCUCCAGGAUCAUGUGGCAUCGGUGGUGAAGGGGGAAGUGGCGGCGAGGCAGGUUGUUUCAGAGUUGGUGUCGCAGGCUGAUACUGUGCGGUCGGAGAUUGUGUCGGGGGAACGGUAUCUAGUUGAACUGGAGGGGAGAGUGCGUGACGCAAAGAGUCGUGAGGAAGAGCUUCAGCAGCAUGUGAAGUCGCUCGAGGUGGAGGUGGAGGAUCUUUCCGAGGCGAAGUUAAUUGUUGAGUCGAUGAUGCGGGCUCUGAUGCAGGAAUUUGAAAGUGCUGUUGUGAGUGCCGAGAGCGCAGAGGAUACGAUGUUGCGUCAUGUGGAUCGUGCGGAGGAGGUUUUGCGUCUUUCUGAGGCGGACGCGGCGUCACGCGAGGCUGCGGCGAUGGAGAGGAUUCACGGAAUGAUUGAUUCGUAUCAUUUGAUGACCCCUGACGAUGUGUUUCCGUUAUCGUAUGAGAGUGUUGUGUCUGCUGUGGCGGAUCUGUUUGACCAGUUUGUUAGAAUGAAGUUGGAGCUGCUUUUAGAGUCGUUGAAGUUGUCAUGCAUUUUGGUGGCUGGUGGUUGA